CGAAGAAGAAAAGGAAAAUGCUACCUAGCACCGCUAAAGGGAAGAUUAAGGUGUAGAAAUAUAUUAAACAUGGAUAAAAAGAAGCCCUUCAACGUGACGGCUUCGUCGCUAGUGGACCUUAAAGCUGAACUCUACAGGAAACAAGAACAAUUCAAACAGGAGAAGUUAAACCAAGAAAACACUGGUACUCCAUUCAAAUCCAAAGAUAAAGUCAAGAAACCUACUGUGUGGAGCAAACAAAAUGCAGGUGUUUCAGCAAGAGCAGAGAAAGAUGCUGAGCAGCUGUUAGAGGAGCAGAAAACCCUCGAUACAUCAAGGUCCAAGUUGGAGGAGAAGGCCAGACUGUAUGAACAAAUGACUAAAGGAGACUUCCCAGAUGAAGAGACAGAGAGUCUGUUUCUGGUUGAUUUCACUCAGAAGAUAAUUGACAAAAAGAGGGAAACAUUUUCACAAAGAGAGACAUUCAGAGAUGAUGACGAAAGGGAGAGCUCAUCACCGAUCCCAGCUCCUCAGAACCCUGAUGAGGAAUGGGUUGACUACGUGGACUCCUUGGGACGAUCUCGAAGAUGCAUGAAGAAAGACCUGCCAGAUUUUCAUAAAAUGGACCAGGAUCUUAAAGGCAAAGGAAAAAUUUCAGUUGACAAGACGUUGCUCUCAGAGGACAUGCGUCGAGAGCUACAGAGGCAGGAGUGGGAAAGAGAAGAAGAGGAGGCUAUGAAGAGGCCUGUCGGACCAAUCCACUACGAGGACAUCAGAGGACAAGAGGCCCGGGAGCUUGGUGUGGGAUACUUUGCAUUUUCUCAGGAUCAAGAGCAGCGCAGAAAACAGAGGGAAACUCUUGACAUGCUCAGAGACCAGACAACAGAGCAGCGCAGUAAACGGGAGCGACUGAAAGAGAAGAGACAGGCCAUCCUACAGGCCCGGCUGGCUAAGGUGAGGCAGAGGAAGAUGAAGAAGGCCAAGCUGGAUGGCACUGAGGACACUGAGCUACAAGAGAAUGAUGCAGAGGAAGAGGAGGAACCUGAACCAUCAGGGCCUUCACCCCCACCAGAGGACAUCCCAGAGGUCAGCACACUCAGGAGGGUGGAAGUGGAGAUCCAGGAAAGAAGGGAUACUAAACCUGGAGUACCUCAUGUCAGAGAAUGGGACAGAGGCAAAGAGUUUAUGUUCAGCGACUGGAAAAAUCGGCGUCGGGAGGAGCGAGAUUCAGAGUUUGCUCCCCCUUCAGCAUACUUUAGCGAUAAGAAGAUGCAAAGACCAGAAAACACUCAAAUUCAUAAGAAAAAUAAAUCUAAUAUACCCUUCAGUUGGAGUAAAAAACCAGGAGUAUCUGAUGAUAAAGGAGAACCACAACCACAGCCUGAAGAUGUUCCUCCUCCUCAACCUCAGAAUAAUGUCCAAACUCCUUCAGAGCCGCAGACUACAUCACAGUCACCGCCUCGCUCCGCAGACCCACCCCCUGUAUCUGCUCCUCCUGUCAACAUCCAGUAUCCACCUCCUCCCUUUUAUCCUCCUUUCCCUCCGCCUCCCCCUCAUUUCACAGUUCCACCUCACAUGACCCCACAGUUUCCCCCACAGUACCCAAACAUGUAUCCACCCCAUCUCCCACCUCAUUAUCUGCCCCAUUAUCCACCUCCGCCGCAGAAUCAGCCUCCACCUCAACCUCAACCUCAACCUCAACCUCAGCCACUUCCACCAGGCGAGGACCCGACCCCAAGUCAGAGCCAACAGGUCCCACAAGGUCCUCCUCAGAGUUUGGGUGACAUGCUGUCCUUCUACAGAAACACGACCUGAUCCCUUACAUACUGGUGGACCAAUGAGGCUCCUUCAGUCUGGUGGUCCAGUAGUCAGUAGAAUCAAUAGGAUGUAACUCAUGACGUAAACAGGCACAUGUUGACGUGGUUAGACACAGACAGACAGAGAUGAUUGUGUCAGAGUAUUUUAUCAGCAGCUGAAUGUGAAAAUACACAUUCAGCUAAUUCUAAAAAUCCUGAAUAUUAGAUAAAUUAAUCAGACUGAAAUUGCACAUUUACUGUCACUCCUGUCUGCAAAUCUCAAUCUUAUGAACAAAGAACAGGGCAAAACAUCUCACCUUUGUAGUUUUUGCAUUUAAUAAACAGUCAUUUGUCUUGA